AUGGAUAUCACAAAGGAGAAGCAGCAGCAACCGCGCGCGGCGAAAGCCCAGAAAGGAAAAAAGGCUGUGAGAGAAGAACGCCAUGCAACUCGAGCUGCUCGUGGUCAAGCAGCCCCAGCUGCUGCGCCAGGUGUGUCCUUUGCGACACCGUCUGCCAACCUUCCGACCGAGCAAGAGCUUGUUUUUCGACCCAGAGUCACCCUCUCCAACACUGCAUCGUCGUCGUCCUUUGGAACCAAUCCUGCACCUGGCAGCGCUCUCGCCCCCUCCACCACCCAAGUCUCACAAGCUGAUAAUGCCACUCCGCCAACCCCAAACGCCUAUCGAGCACCAUUUGCCGCAAGAAUCGCUGCCGUUGCAGCGAGACGUCCUAACGGACGCCACCACAAGAAAAGCAGGGUUCCCAGUCAAAAGGAACGGUUGUCUCGCCGUGCUGCUUUCCGUGAGCUUACGAGCGUACCAUUGGCUGCACUUGGUAUUGGUCUCAACCUUGGGGGCGCGAUAGCUCCAGAUAUAGUCGGCAAUUGGCCGGCAGAGGUCCUCGGGGACGAGUUGCUUGGAAGUGAUGACGAAGAGGAAGAUGAUAUGGAAGAUGAUGAUGAUGAGGAAAUGGAGGAUAUUCAAUAUGAUUCCGACAUAUACGACAGUGAUGGAAACGAAUGGGCUGCGUUGGGUGUAAACAUGAAAGAGGGAAAGCCCUUUUGA